AUGGGCCUGUCGAAGUCAGCGGCGCGCGGUGGCUGCACCGAAGGUUUAUCUCGCUGCAAAGGUCGGCGAGGAGCUUGCGCAGUCUUGGCCAGCUCUUUGAGAUGCGUCGGGUCAGCACUUUGCGAUAGCCAGCUAUCCAAGACGGCUCACAGGCCCGCAGCCACACCGGAAGACCCUUCCGAGAGAGAUGUCAAAUCUGGUCGGCAGCCUGUGGACGUUGAAGUGGAGGCCGGCAAAGCAGAGGAUGCCUGGGACUGGCACUCCGACGAUGCGGGCGUCGAGUCGUCCAUCCCAGCAGUCCGUGCCCUGCCCCAGCGGCCGAAGAUCGUCGAUUCCAUGAGCACGCGGCUAGCGGGCAUCGAGGAUCGCGGAGUACUUGGGCGCUCGGUGGCCACACCUACCUCCAUCAGUACAGAAGCAUCCAACAUCGUCAAGGCAGAUAUACGGAGCGAGUCUUGUGAGACCGACCAUGACUGCCUUUGCAUCCCAGCCGAUGCUUCCUUGCUUGAUGGGGUGCGGUUGCUAGUCCUGCAUCACCUAGCCAAAGGCGUCGAAGACCCGACGGCCAUGACCCCAAGUCAGAAGCAACUUUUCGAGCGUCAUGUCAGACAGUUGGCGGGAUAUGCAGAACAACUGAAGCAGACCUUGCUGAUCUCGCCGCCUUCUCUCAUUGGUGGAGUUCUGCACGAGCCCGGACGAGAUGCCUCCUCCUCCUGCCCAAGUGAACCACCACGGCCAUUGAAACUCAGAGACAGCGAGCUUCUGGAAAUUUACCGAGUGGCCCAGCAGGAGGCUGGGAAGGAAGCAGAUUGGCGUGGUCUGCCGGAUCGAGGGACCUCGGAUGCGUGGCGCUACGAAUGGCUUCGCGAGUUGAGCCUCGCAUCAGAUCGCAAAGGAUCUCACCCAAGCAGAUCGAAGACACCUCGUGCGCCACCCGAGCCUCUGCAGUCUUCCGAGGCAGACUGA